AUGUUUUUGAUUUAAUUCAUUUUACUAAAUGGUAUAUUAACAAAGUAAAUUCAAGAAGAGGAGGUUAAGAGAUAUUCAAUAAUUCAUGGAAGAAUAUCAAAUAUAUAAGUUCGAAUAGAGAAUGUAUUUAAUGUUGAAAUACAUCAUUUAAAUAAAACAUUAAAUGAAACUAAAGAAGGUGCAGAUCCAUCAUUAUUGUUUGCUGAUUUCUGUUAACCUAAGAAUCCAUCAAUAUAUUUAGAGUAGAUUCAAUCUAUAAAUGUAUGUGCAGACUAAUGUUAAAUAAUAAUUCAAAAUAAUAAAGUAAAUUUAAUGCUAAAAAAUAGAUUUAUAGUAUAUUGCCUGGUUAUUUAAAAGUAUUAGAGAUGAAUGAUGAAUAAGGAUUUACUUUUUUUAGUGAAACUUUAUUAUAAAUUUCAUAAAAUUUGUCAGAAAUAUUGAUUACGAUAAAUAUUUCAUAAGACUAUAAAUUAAUAAUUCUUGAUGGUUUAAACUUAUUCAUAAUAAAUAUUGAUUAAAAUGAUGAACCAAACAAACCAAUAGAAUUGGCAACAUAAAUAGAUGUAGUUACAUAGAUAUUAUAUUAUGAUAAUUUAAUAUAUGUAUUUGGAAAUAAUACUUUGGAAAUUUAUUUAAUAUAAGAUAAACAUGUUGAGUAGAUUCAAUCAAUUAACUUAUCUAAAUAUGAAACUUAAAAUUUAAAUAUUGUUGGAAUAAAAUUAAAAAGUCCAAAUCAUAUUAUAUGGAUCUCAGAAUCAAGUUUAGGUUAUGUAUAAUUAGAUGCAUAAUUAAAACCAAUUUAAUUUAAUUCUCUUUUUAGGUUGGAUGGUAAAAUAAUAGAUGUAGAAAUCUAUGAGAAAUUGACAUAUGUAAUUUAGAAGCUUAAUAAUAAAUUAAAUUUAUAGUAUGUUUUAGAAUAUGAAGAAGGUUAAUUAAAAUAGAAUCUUAGUUUAACAACUAAGGUUCGUUAAAUAUUUUCUACUUAAAAUGUAUAUAUAUAUAUAUUAAUUAAUUAAUAGUACAUAAUAAUAUUAUAGGAGAACUUGAUUCAGUUGGCGUUUGCUAAGAUAGAGACGUAGUAAUUAUUUAGUAAGAAUAUAUUGGAGAAUACUAAUAAGAUUUUAAAAUAUGAUUAGGCUAAAUUAAUAGUGCAAUAAUAAAAUGAAAUAGUUUAGUAUGAAAUAAAGCCAUAGUCAGCAUAAUUGGUAUGUGAACCAAAUUAGAAUUAUUCAACUGGAACAUAUAUGAUGGAAUUAAGGGUUGGUUAUUUUAUUAAUGAGACAAAAGCAUAUCAUAAUUAAUUAGUAGAAAUUAACGUGUAUUUUGAAAUAUUUGAGAAUGGGAAUGUUGGAUUGUAUGUGGGUUUAACAAUAGGAUUUGCAAUGACUUUUAUGACAAUGAUUAUAUUUUGUGUAUUCUUUUACAAACUAAAAGCAAAGUAUCAAUUAGUAAGUGAGUCAUAUCAUAAAAAUUCAACUGAAUUUACUAUUGAAUGA